CUUCUGGGUAGCACAGGCCGAAGGAAGGCGGGCGGACAGCAGGAAGGCAGGCCGCCGGCCCCCAGGACUCCUCUCCCAGGGCACCAUCCCCCGAUGCCCCCGUGGCCGCCCAGUUCCAGCAUCCACCCCCAGCCCAGCUCGCAGAGGCCAUGCAGAAAGCCCGGGGCACGCGAGGCGAGGACGCGGGCACGAGGGCACCCCCCAGCCCUGGGGUGCCCCCGAAGAGGGCCAAGGUGGGGGCUGGCGGAGGGGUCCUGGCGGCCGGGGCCCCAGUCUUCCUGCGGCCCCUGAAGAACGCGGCGGUGUGCGCGGGCAGCGACGUGCGGCUGCGGGUGGUGGUGAGCGGGACGCCCCAGCCCAGCUUCAGCUGGUUCCGGGAUGGGCAGCUCCUGCCCGCGCCCCCAGAGCCUAGCUGCCUGUGGCUGCGGAACUGUGGGGCGCAGGAUGCCGGCGUGUACAGCUGCACUGCCCAGAACGAGCGGGGCCGGGCCUCCUGUGAGGCUGUUCUCACGGUGCUGGAGGUCGGAGAAAACCGGCCAUUCCCGCCGGGCCUUUGGCCGCCUUACCCAUGCGAAGUUUUCCGCUCCUGCAGAAAGCAAAGUUACGACUCCGAGACCGCUGAGGAUGACAUUAGCGAUGCGCAGGGGACCCAGCGCCUGGAGCUUUGUGAUGAUGGAGCCUUCAGCACCCCCACAGGGGGCUCUGACACGCUGGUGGGCACCUCCCUGGAUACACCCCCGACCUCCGUGACAGGCACUUCGGAGGAGCAAGUGAGCUGGUGGGGCAGCGGGCAGACGGUCCUGGAGCAGGAAGCGGGCAGUGGGAGUGGCACCCGCCGUCUCCCAGGCAGCCCAAGGCAAGCACAGGCAACCGGGGCCGGGCCACGGCACCUGGGGGUGGAGCCGCUGGUGCGGGCAUCUCGAGCUAAUCUGGUGGGCGCAAGCUGGGGGUCAGAGGAUAGCCUUUCGGUGGCCAGUGACCUGUACGGCAGCGCAUUCAGUCUGUACAGAGGACGGGCGCUCUCAAUCCACGUCAGCGUCCCUCAAAGUGGAUUGCUCAGGGAGGAGCCUGACCUUCAACCUCAGCCAGCCAGUGAAGCCCCGCGUCCUCGCCCGGCCCUUCCGCCUCCCUCCAAGUCCGCGCUGCUCCCCCCACCGUCCCCUCGGGUGGGUAGGCGGGCUUCUCCCGGACCCAGCGCUCAGUCCCCGGCCGCCCCCGCAUCGUCCCACCGGCGCGCCCAGGAGCUCGCGCUACCGCUGCCGGAGGACGCCACCGCGGAAGAGAAGCGAGGGAAAAAGUCCAAAUCGUUGGGGCCCUCGCCGGCGGGCACCACAGAGUCCCGGCCUCAGACGCCACUGAGCGAGGCGUCCGGCCGCCAGUCCGCACUGGGCCGCUCCCCGAGGCUGGUGCGCGCCGGCUCCCGCAUCCUGGACAAGCUGCAGUUCUUCGAGGAGCGGCGGCGCAGUCUGGAGCGCAGCGACUCGCCGCCGGCACCCCUGCGGCCCUGGGUGCCCCUGCGUAAGGCCCGCUCGCUGGAGCAGCCCAAGUCCGAGGGCGACGCGUGGGGCACGCCCAGGGCAUCGCAGGAAGAGCUGCGGACCCCGCGGGGCAGCGUGGCCGAGCGGCGCCGUCUGUUCCAGCAAAAGGCGGCCUCGUUGGACGAGCGCACACGGCAGCGCAGCCCGGCCUCCGACCUCGAGCUGCGCUUCGCCCAGGAGCUGGGUCGGAUCCGCCGCUCCGCGUCGCGGGAGGAACUGGUGCGCUCGCACGAGUCGUUGCGUGCCACGCUGCAGCGCGCCCCGUCCCCACGAGAGCCCGGCGAGCCCCCGCUCUUCUCCCGACCCUCCUCCCCCAAGACCUCGCGGGCUGUGAGCCCUGUCGCCGCCCAGUCACCCCCCUCAAGUAUCGCGAGCAGGUCCGGGGACGAGCCUGGGAGGCCCCGGAGCCGUGGGCCGGUGGGCAGGACGGAGCCUGGGGAAGGCCCGCAGCAGGAGGUUAGGCGGCGGGACCAGUUCCCACUGACCCGGGGCAGGGCCAUCCAGGAGUGCAGGAGCCCGGUGCCGUCCCCUACCGCUGACACUCCUGAGGCCGGGACAAAAGGCCCUUUAGGGCGGAAACGAGAGCCCCCUGUGCAGGCCGUGCGCUUCCUUCCCUGGGCCACGCCGGGCCUGGAGGGCGCUGCUGUGCCCCAGACUUUGGAGAAGAACAGGGCAGGGCCCGAAGCUGAGAAGAGGCAGCGCAGAGGCCUAGAGGAGGAUGGGCCCUGGGGGGCCUGGGACCGCAGAGGGGCCCGCAGACAGGGCAAAGGUCGCCGUGUCCGUCCUACCUCUCCUGAGCUCGAGUCCUCAGAUGACUCCUAUGUGUCUGCUGGAGAAGAGCCUCUGGAGGCCCCAGUGUUUGAGAUCCCCCUGCAGAACAUGGUGGUGGCACCAGGGACCGAUGUGCUACUUAAGUGCAUCAUCACUGCCAACCCCCCACCUGAAGUGUCCUGGCACAAGGAUGGGUUGGAGCUGCGCAGUGAGGGCCGACUUCUCCUCCGCACUGAGGGCGAGCGGCACACCCUGCUGCUCAGGGAGGCCCAGGCAGCUGACGCAGGAAGCUACAUGGCCACCGCCACCAACGAGCUGGGCCAGGCCAGCUGUGCUGCCUCCCUGGCUGUGAGACCUGGUGGGUCCACAUCCCCUUUCAGCAGCCCCAUCACCUCCGACGAGGAGUACCUGAGCCCCCCGGAGGAGUUCCCGGAACCUGGGGAGACCUGGCCCCAAACCCCCACCAUGAAGCUCAGUCCCAGCCAGAACCACCAUCCUUCUGACACUGGCUCCAAGGCACCCCCCACUUUCAAGGUCUCACUUAUGGACCAGUCAGUGAGAGAAGGCCAAGAUGUCAUCAUGAGCAUUCGUGUACAGGGAGAGCCCAAGCCUGUAGUCUCCUGGCUGAGAAACCGCCAGCCUGUGCGCCCAGACCAGCGGCGCUUCGCAGAGGAGGCGGAGGGCGGGCUGUGCCGACUGCGGAUCCUGGCAGCAGAGCGAGGUGACGCCGGCUUCUACACCUGCAAAGCAGUCAACGAGUACGGCGCUCGGCAGUGUGAGGCGCGCCUGGAGGUCCGAGCACACCCUGAAAGCCGGUCCCUGGCCGUGCUGGCCCCCCUGCAGGACGUGGACGUAGGGGCCGGGGAGAUGGCGUUGUUUGAGUGCCUGGUGGCGGGUCCUGCCGACGUGGAGGUGGACUGGCUGUGCCGUGGCCGCCUGCUGCAGCCCGCGCUGCUCAAAUGCAAGAUGCAUUUUGAUGGCUGCAAAUGCAAGCUGCUGCUCACCUCUGUGCAUGAGGACGACAGUGGUGUCUACACCUGUAAGCUCAGCACAGCCAAAGAUGAACUGACCUGCAGUGCCCGACUGACUGUGCGGCCCUCCCUGGCGCCCCUAUUCACCCGGCUGCUAGAAGAUGUGGAGGUGCUAGAGGGUCGUGCUGCUCGUCUUGACUGCAAGAUCAGCGGCACCCCACCGCCCUCUGUUUCCUGGACUCAUUUUGGCCACCCAGUGGAGGAAAGUGACAACUUGCGGCUGCGGCAGGAUGGGGGUCUGCACUCAUUGCACAUUGCCCACGUGAGCAGCGAGGACGAGGGGCUGUAUGUGGUCAGUGCCACCAACACACAUGGCCAGGCCCACUGCUCCGCACAGCUCUAUGUGGAGGAGCCGAGGACAGCUGCCUCAGGCCCCAGCUCAAAGCUGGAGAAGAUGCCAUCCAUCCCCGAGGAGCCAGAGCAGGGCGAGCUGGAGCGGCUGUCCAUUCCUGACUUCCUGCGGCCACUGCAGGACUUAGAGGUGGGACUGGCCAAGGAGGCCAUGCUGGAGUGCCAGGUGACCGGCCUGCCCUACCCGACCAUCAGCUGGUUCCACAACGGUCACCGCAUCCAGAGCAGCGAUGACCGACGCAUGACACAGUACAGGGAUGUACAUCGCCUGGUAUUUCCUGCUGUGGGGCCUCAGCAUGCUGGUGUCUACAAGAGUGUCAUCGCCAACAAGCUGGGCAAAGCUGCCUGUUACGCCCACCUGUAUGUCACAGAUGUGGCUCCAGGACCUCCAGACGGUGCCCCACAGGUGGUGGCUGUGACGGGGAGGAUGGUCACACUCACGUGGAACCCCCCCAGGAGUCUGGACAUGGCCAUCGACCCAGAAUCCCUGACCUACACGGUGCAGCACCAGGUGCUGGGCUCCGACCAGUGGACAGUGCUGACCACAGGUCUGCGGGAGCCCAGGUGGGCAGCCAUGGGGCUGCGAAAGGGGCUUCAGCACGUCUUCCGCGUCCUCAGCAGCAGUGGCAAGAGCAGCAGCAAGCCCUCGCCCCCGUCCGAGCCUGUGCAGCUGCUGGAGCGAGGCCCACCCCUGGAGGAGGCCCCUGCAGUGCUGGAUAAACCGGAUGUCGUGUAUGUGGUAGAGGGACAGCCAACCAGUGUCACUGUCACCUUCAACCAUGUGGAGGCCCAGGUCGUCUGGAGAAGCUGCCGAGGGGCCCUCCUGGAGGAGCGGACAGGUAUCUACGAGCUGAGCCAGCCGGACGACGACCAGUACCGCCUUCGCAUCUGCCGGGUGAGCCGCCGUGACGUUGGGCCGCUCACCUGCUCAGCCCGCAACCGCCAUGGCACGCAGGUCUGCUCGGUUACACUGGAGCUGGCAGAGGCUCCACGAUUUGAGUCCAUCAUGGAGGACGUGGAGGUGGUGGCUGGGGACACUGCCCGAUUCGCUGUGGUGGUUGAAGGAAAACCAGUGCCAGACAUCAUGUGGUACAAGGAUGAGGGGCUGCUUGCUGAGAGCAGCCAUGUGAGCUUCGUGUACGAGGAGAAUGAGUGCUCCCUGGUGGUGCUCAGCACCGGGGCCCAGGAUGGAGGCGUCUACACCUGUACGGCCCGGAACCUGGCAGGCGAGGUCUCCUGCAAAGCAGAGUUGGCUGUGCAUUCAGCUCAGACAGCUAUGGAGAUCGAGGGUGCUGGGGAAGAUGAGGAGCAUCGAGGAAGGAGACUCAGCGACUUCUACGAUAUCCACCAGGAGAUCGGCAGGGGUGCCUUCUCCUACCUACGGCGCGUGGUGGAGCGUAGCUCCGGCCUGGAGUUUGCAGCCAAGUUCAUCCCCAGCCAGGCCAAGCCCAAGGCAUCAGCGAGGCGGGAGGCCCGGCUGCUGGCCCGGCUUCAGCACGACUGUGUCCUCUACUUCCACGAGGCCUUUGAGAGGCGCCGGGGACUGGUCAUUGUCACUGAGCUCUGCACAGAGGAGCUGCUGGAGCGAAUGGCCAGGAAACCCACCGUGUGUGAGUCUGAGAUCCGGGCCUACAUGCGACAGGUGCUAGAGGGAGUGUGCUACCUGCACCAGAACCGCGUGCUGCACCUGGAUGUCAAGCCUGAGAACCUGCUGAUAUGGGACGGUGCAGAGGGUGAAGAGCAGGUUCGCAUCUGUGACUUUGGAAAUGCCCAGGAGCUGAUCCCAGGGGAGCCCCAGUACUGUCAGUACGGAACACCUGAGUUUGUGGCACCAGAGAUUGUCAACCAGAGCCCUGUGUCUGGAGUCACUGACAUCUGGCCUGUGGGUGUCGUUGCUUUCCUCUGCCUGACAGGAAUCUCCCCAUUUGUUGGGGAAAAUGAUCGGACAACACUGAUGAAUAUCCAGAACUACAAUGUGGCCUUCGAGGAGACCAGGUUCCUGAGCCUUAGCAGAGAGGCUCGGGGCUUCCUCAUCAAAGUGCUGGUGCAGGACCGGCUGAGACCUACUGCAGAGGAGACUCUAGAGCAUCCUUGGUUCAAAACACAAGCAAAGGGUGCAGAGGUGAGCACAGACCACCUGAAGCUCUUCCUGUCCCGGCGGAGGUGGCAGCGCUCUCAGAUCAGCUACAAAUGCCACCUGGUGCUGCGUCCCAUCCCAGAGCUGCUGCGGGCUCCCCCAGAGAGGGUGUGGGUGGCCAUGCCCAGAAGACCGCCUCUGAGCGGGGGCCUUUCGUCCUCCUCCGACUCUGAAGAGGAAGAGCUGGAGGAGCUGCCCUCGGUGCCCCGCCCCCUGCAGCCAGAGUUCUCGGGCUCCAGGGUGUCCCUCACCGACAUUCCCACUGAAGAUGACGCCCUGGGGACCCCGGAGGCCGGGGCUGCCACCCCCAUGGACUGGCAAGAGCAGGGAAGGGCUCCCCCUCAGGAUCAGGAGGCCCCCAGCCCUCAGGACCUCCCCUCUCCAGGCCAGGAGUCCCCGGCUGGGCCUAGCCCCAGGCGGGGAGAGCUCCGCAGGGGCAGCUCCGCGGAGAGCGCCCUGCCCCGGGCUGGGCCGCGGGAGCCGGGCCGGGGCCUGCACAAGGCAGCAUCUGUGGAGCUGCCGCAACGCAGGAGCCCCAGCCCGGGGGCCACCCGCCUGGCCCGGGGUGGCCUGGGUGAGGGCGAGUACGCCCAGAGGCUGCAGGCCCUGCGCCAGCGGCUGCUUCGGGGAGGCCCUGAGGACGGCAAGGUCAGCGGCCUCAGGGGUCCCCUGCUGGAGAGCUUGGGGGGCCGUGCGCGGGACCCCCGGAUGGCUCGGGCUGCUUCCAGCGAAGCAGCGCCCCACCACCAGCCCCCACCCGAGGCUCGAGGGCUGCAAAAGAGCAGCAGCUUCUCCCAGGGAGAGGCGGAGCCCCGGGGUCGGCACCGCCGCGCGGGGGCGCCCCUUGAAAUUCCCAUAGCCAGGCUUGGGGCCCGCAGGCUCCAGGAGUCUCCCUCCCUGUCUGCCCUCAGUGAGGCCCAGUCGUCCAGCCCUGCGCGGCCCAGCGUCCCCAAACCCAGAAUGCCUAAGUCUGCGCAACCUUCUCCCGCCACUCCCAGCGAGCCUCCCCAGCACCCAGAACCCCAGCCUGCCCCCGAGAAGGCCCGGGAGCCUACACCUGAGCCAGUGCGAGCCCUCAAGCCGGCACCGCUCCCCGUGGCUCCACAGACCCUGGAACUGCCCCUCACUCCCUAUGCCCAGAUCAUGCAGUCGCUCCAGCUAGCUGGUCACUCCCAGCCCCAACAGGGUCCCGCGACAGCGGCGUCAGGGCCCCAACCCCACGCGGCCGUAUUUGCCAGGGUGGCCUCCCCACCUGCAGGAGGCUCCGAGAAGCGCGUGCCUUCGGCUAAGGCUGCCCCAGUGGUAGCCGAGAAAGUCCAGGCACCCACGGUGCCCCCCAGGCCAGGGAGCAGCCUGAGCAGCAGCAUCGAGAACCUGGAGUCCGAGGCCGUGUUCGAGGCCAAGUUCAAGCGCAGCCGAGAGUCGCCCCUGUCGCGGGGGCUCCGGCUGCUCAGCCGCUCCCGUUCGGAGGAGCGCGGCCCCUUCCGCGGAGCCCAGGACGACGACGGCAUCUACCGGCCCAGCCCGGCGGGAACCCCACUGGAGCUGGUGCGCCGGCCCGAGCGCUCGCGCUCCGUGCAGGACCUCAGGCCUGUCGGGGAGCCGGGUCUGGCCCGCCGCCUCUCGUUGUCGUUGUCCCAGAGGCUGCGGCGGACGCCGCCCGCGCAGCGCCACCCGGCCUGGGAGACCCGCGGCGCAGACGGGGAGAGCUCCGAGGGCGGCAGCUCGGCGCGGGGCUCCCCGGUGCUGGCAGUGCGCAGGAGGCUCAGCUCCACGCUGGAGCGGCUGUCGAGCCGGCUGCAGCGCAGUGGCAGCAGCGAGGACUCCGGGGGCGGCUCGGGUCGCAGCACGCCGCUCUUCGGACGGCUGCGCAGGGCCACGUCCGAGGGCGAGAGCCUGAGGCGCCUGGGCAUUCCGCACAACCAGCUGGCUGCUCAGGCUGGCACCACGACUCCCUCCGCCGAGUCUCUGGGCUCCGAGGCCAGCGCCACGUCGGGCUCCUCAGCGCCAGGGGAAAGCCGAAGCCGGCUCCGCUGGGGCCUCUCGCGCCUGCGGAAGGACAAGGGCUUAUCACAACCAAACCUCUCUGCCGGUGUCCAAGAGGACUUGGGUCAGCAGUACGUGCCCAGUGAAUCAGACUUCCCCCCAGUCUUCCACAUCAAACUCAAGGACCAGGUGCUGUUGGAGGGGGAGGCAGCCACUCUGCUCUGCCUGCCUGCAGCCUGCCCUGCACCCCGCAUCUCCUGGAUGAAAGAUAAGCAGUCCUUGCAGUCAGAGCCCUCAGUGGUCAUCGUGUCCUGCAAAGAUGGACGGCAGCUACUGAGUAUCCCCCGGGCAGGCAAGCGCCAUGCUGGGCUUUAUGAGUGCUCAGCCACCAACGUCCUCGGCAGCAUUACGAGUUCAUGUACCAUCGCCGUGGCCCGCGUCCCAGGAAAGCUAGCUCCUCCUGAGGUGCCCCAGACCUACCAGGACACUGCCCUGGUGUUGUGGAAGCCAGGCGACGGCCGGGCACCUUGCACAUACACACUGGAGCGGCGGGUGGAUGGGGAGUCCACCUGGCACCCGGUGAGCUCGGGCAUCCUUGACUGUUACUACAAUGUGACGCACCUGCCAGCUGGUGUGACCGUGAGGUUCCGUGUGGCCUGUGUCAACCGUGCUGGGCAGGGGCCCUUCAGCAACCCUUCUGAGAAGGUCCUCAUCAGGGGCAUCCAAGAUUCUUCAGCCUGGCCAUCUGCUGCUUCCAAAGAUGCCCCUGUUACCUCAGGGCCGGCCAGGGCCCCGGCUGAUUCUCCUACCUCACUGGCCUCCAUCCCAGCUCCUGCUCCUGCUCCUGCUCCUCCAGCACCCCUGUCAGCUGCUAUCAGCCCCUCAUCGCCACCCACAUCCCCUAGCCGGGCCUUGUCCUCACUUAAGGCUGUAGGUCCUGUACCCCAAACCCCCCCACGAAAGCACAGAGGUCUGCAGGCUGCUCAGCAGGCAGAGCCCACCCCACCCAGUGCCCAGGUCACCCUAAGUGAGCCCAAGUCUUCCGCCUCUGACAGUGGGACCCCAACGCCAGCCCCCACCCCUCAAGGAGUGAAACCGGCGCCUUCCUCUACCCCCCUGUAUAUGGUGACUUCCUUCGUGUCUGCACCCCCAGCCCCUGAGCCCCCAGCCCCUGAGCCCCCUCCUGAGCCCACCAAGGAUAUAGUGCAAAGCCUCAGCCCAGCCAAGGAGACGAUCAGCUCCCUCGUGCCAGAGGGCACCACGGCUCUUCGACAGGGCCUCCCUCAGAAACCUUAUACCUUCCUGGAGGAGAAGGCCAGGGGCCGCUUUGGUGUCGUGCGAGCAUGCCGGGAAAAUGCCACUGGCCGGACAUUUGUGGCCAAGAUUGUGCCCUAUGCAGCUGAGGGCAAGCGGCGGGUCCUGCAGGAGUACGAAGUGCUGCGGUCGCUGCACCACGAGCGGCUCAUGUCCCUGCACGAGGCCUACAUCACCCCUCGGUACCUCGUGCUCAUUGCGGAGAGCUGCGGCAACCGGGAACUCCUCUGUGGGCUCAGUGACAGAUUCCGGUAUUCAGAAGAUGAUGUGGCCACAUACGUGGUGCAGCUGCUGCAGGGCCUGGACUACCUCCACGGCCGCCACGUGCUACACCUGGACAUCAAGCCGGACAACUUACUUCUGGCCCCUGACAAUGCCCUCAAGAUUGUCGACUUUGGCAGUGCUCAGCCCUACAACCCCCAGGCCCUGCGGCCCCUCGGCCACCGCACGGGCACCCUGGAGUUCAUGGCUCCUGAAAUGGUGAAGGGAGAACCCAUUGGCUCUGCAACGGACAUCUGGGGAGCAGGGGUGCUCGUCUACAUCAUGCUCAGUGGACACUCUCCAUUCUAUGAGCCAGACCCCCAGGAAACAGAAGCUCGGAUUGUGGGGGGCCGGUUUGAUGCCUUCCAGCUAUACCCCAACACAUCCCAGAGCGCCACCCUCUUCUUGCGAAAGAUCCUCUCAGUACAUCCCUGGAGCCGGCCCUCCCUGCAGGACUGCCUCGCCCACCCGUGGCUGCAGGAUGCCUACCUGAUGAAGCUGCGCCGCCAGACGCUCACCUUCACCACCAACCGGCUCAAGGAGUUCCUGGGCGAGCAGCGGCGGCGCCGGGCUGAGGCUGCCACCCGCCACAAGGUGCUGCUCCGCUCCUACCCCAGCAACCCCUAGCAGCGGCGUGGACCACACCCGGCCGCUUCGGGCUGAGACCUGGGCUUCCCAAUGAUGCCAUGGGACAUUCCAGGGCCCAGGCUGAGCCGGCUGGACCUGGGGCUUCAGAUACCACCAGCAGCAACAUCUGGCCAGGCUAUUACCUCAUGGACCUGAGGGGACAGAGGCCCAGGGACUUUGGCCAGAGCAGAAGACCCUUGGCUAGGCUGAGCAGGGGUGCAAACAGGAAGAGGGGUCACAUGGGGGUGGGGGAAGUGAAGAGAAAGGAAAAAUCGCCAAGGGGUAGGGAGGGGAGACUUUGGGAAGUGGGGGUGCGGCCACAGUGCAUCUCAGGGAGAACCAGGGGGUGAGCGGCUAGAGAGGAGGAACAGGAGGGCGCUUAGGGUGUCAGGCCCCAGGGCUGGGAAUGUGUCAGUGAGGUAGGGGGAAGACACAGACAGAGUGCCAGGGAGGGAGCCAGGAUGUGCAAGAGGGCAUCGAGGUGGCAAGAGGAGGGAGGAUGCAGGGGCAUGGGGUAGGCCAGGGGAGCAAGUGGCAAGCCAGGCACAAGCGGAAGCUCGGAGACUGAAGCGAGAGAGUAGGCACCCAGGCUGGAGUUUUCCUCCUUUGCCAGCGGAUGCAGCUCUGGGCAUCUGUGGUGGCCCAGGGAUGUCCCUACCACCCUUCAAUGGCCUUUGCCCUUCUUAUUCGUAUUUAUUUAUUUAUUGCCUUUCCUGAAGUUUUCCCUUCCAUCCAAUCCCUGUCGCCCAUGUUGUCCUGACUACGCUCCCCACCCCACCCCACCUCACCCCCACCCCCAUUCCCACCAGUCAUCCAGCUGUCUGUGUAGCUCUGUCUGUCUGUCACUAGGAAAAUAAAACCGCAAGCAGCAGA